CGGAGCCCGGCGCCCGUCUCCUCGGUGACCGGGGGAGCUGGUGCCUCGGCAGAGCAGCCGGAGUCCUGGGGGACGGAGAGCUUCGUCAAUUGAAAGAGUCAUAACUUAUAAAGUGUGAAACAUGACAAAAAGCUGGACUAAUUGAAAGCUUUUCUGCUCUGGGAGAAAAACCCAAAAUGUAUAGACCAGGGGAGACAGUCAAACGUCGACUCAACAUGCAUGCUCCUCCUCGGAUAAGAAGUGUGGAAGUUGCAAGAGGAAGAGCUGGCUAUGGGUUUACCCUUUCUGGACAAGCUCCAUGUAUUCUUAGUUGUGUUAUGAAAGGAAGCCCUGCAGAUUAUGUUGGACUUAAAGCAGGAGAUCAAAUAUUUGCAGUUAAUGAAAUUAAUGUGAAGAAAGCCUCUCAUGAAGAUGUAGUCAAACUUAUAGGAAAAUGUUCUGGAGUGCUGCACAUGGUCAUUGCUGAAGGGAUUAGUCAUAUAGAUUCGUGUUCUAGUGAUGAAGAAGUUGGUUUUUAUGAUGGAAAGGGCUGGCUGAAACCCAAACCUGACUCCAAAGCUCUAGGUAUAAAUAGAGCAGAGAAAGUUGUUGAAGAAAUGCAGUCUGGUGGCAUUUUCAACAUGAUCUUUGAGAAUCCUACUCUUUGUGCUGGAAACUCAGAGACUUUGACACCAAAACAAAGAUCGUUUUCAGAUUCUGCUGCUAUUAAAUUUGAAACUGGAAAUGAAAGUAUAAACAACCCAAACCUACUGUCCAAGGAAGAAAUAUCCAAAGUCCUGAAUGAUGAUUCAGUUUUUAGAAUUGGAUUGGAGAGCACUGAAGACUUUGGAUUAGACGCAAGUAUUUUAAAUGUUGCUAUGAUUGUAGGUUACCUAGGCUCAAUUGAGCUUCCUUCAACAACCUCAAAUUUGGAAAAUGAGAGUUUGCAGGCUAUUCGUGGAUGCAUGAGACGGCUGCGAGCAGAACAAAAAAUCCAUUCGUUAGUGGUGAUGAAGAUUAUGCAUGAUUGUAUUCAGCUCUGUAGUGACAAAUCAGGUGUACUAGCAGAAUAUCCUGCAGAGAAGCUGGCAUUCAGUGCUGUUUGCCCAGAUGACCGAAGAUUCUUUGGACUGGUUACGAUGCAGACAAGUGAUGAUACAAGCUUGGCUCAGGAAGAUGAAGGAGUUCUGAGGACAUCUUGCCACGUGUUUAUGGUGGAUCCUGAAUUAUUUCAUCAUAAAAUUCACCAGGGCAUAGCAAGGCGUUUUGGAUUGGAAUGUACGGCAGAUCCAGACACAAAUGGCUGUCUAGAAUUUCCAACGUCAUCUCUACCUGUUCUUCAAUUUAUUUCUGUCCUUUAUAGGGACAUGGGGGAAUUGAUUGAGGGAAUGCGUGCAAGGGCUUUUCUUGAUGGUGAUGCAGAUGCUCAUCAGAAUAACAGUACAAGCAGUAACAGUGACAGUGGAAUUGGAAAUUUUAAUCAAGAGGAAAAGAAUAAUAGAGUUUUAGUGGUUGAUUUAGGAAGCAAUCCAAGUAAACAUAUUCCUAACAGUAUGUGGGAAAAUCCAGGAGGAAGGGGACAAAAUCAAUCUACUUCCCAUUGGAAUGGCUUCUGCCAUGAACAAGAAGGAAAUAUUCCUUUAGAAAUGAUUCAGAAUGAUAAAUCCCAAAAUUUAAGCAAACAUCUAAGUCCUUCUGCUCGUAUUGAAGUUCCACUGGUUUCUACCCGAAAUUCAGUACCCCCAUCUAAGAAAAGUGCUGCAGGCAUAGGCAAUCAAAGAUGGUUGCCUGUGCAUGUAUUGCAAGAAUGGCAACAUGGCAAUGCUAGCGACCAGGAGUCUUACACGGAUUCUACGGAUGGCUGGUCAAGUGUUAACUGUGGAACUCUCCCCCCUCCAAUGAGUAAGAUUCCGGCUGACAGAUACAGAGUUGAUGGCGCUUUUGGCCAGCCCCAGUUAAAAUCUCAUAAACAUGAAUGGUCUAAGAAGAUGUUUUGCAUGCAAAACAAGUUUGGCCCUCAGCACAUUAUUAGGAAGUCUAAAGAAGAUAAAAAGGGUGCAAAAUUUGGACAUCCAUUGGGAUUAACUCAGGCUCCUCCCCAACGUUCUUCUGUUCGAAGAUCAUUUGGAAGAUCUAAGCGAUUUAGUAUUACUCGUUCACUGGAUGACCUUGAGUCAGCAACUGUCUCUGAUGGAGAACUGAACAGCACUGAUUUAAAAGACUGCAUCAGUGAGAAUAGCCUCAGUAGCAAUGCUAGUCUUCCCAGUGUACAGAGCUGUCGACGACUUCGAGAAAGAAGAGUUGCAAGCUGGGCUGUUUCAUUUGAGCGUCUUCUUCAGGAUCCUGUUGGCAUUAAAUAUUUUUCUGAAUUUCUGCGGAAGGAAUUUAGUGAAGAAAAUAUUUUAUUUUGGCAGGCCUGUGAAUAUUUUAACCAUGUACCAGCACAUGAUAAAAAAGAGCUUUCUUACAGAGCUCGGGAGAUCUUCAGUAAGUUUUUGUGUAGCAAAGCUACAACCCCAGUUAAUAUUGAUAGCCAAGCACAGCUGGCAGAUGAUAUUCUCAAUUCUCCACAUCCAGAUAUGUUCAAGGAACAGCAACUUCAGAUUUUUAACCUGAUGAAGUUUGAUAGCUAUACACGCUUCCUCAAAUCACCCCUUUACCAAGAAUGCAUCCUAGCUGAAGUAGAAGGUCGUCCUCUUCCUGAUCCUCAGCGUGUUCCUAGCAGCCCCACUUCUAAACACAGUAUCAGUUCAGAGAAGUCUAACAUCUCUACACCGAAAAAGUUAAGUGGUAAAUCAAAGUCAGGAAGAUCCUUAAAUGAAGAGUCAGGAGAGGAGGAUGCGGAGAAGAAAAAAAGGGGAACAUUUUUCUCAUGGUCAAGAAGUAAGAGUUUGGGAAAAUCACAAAAGAGAAAAGAAAAUGGUGAUUAUCAAAAUGAUUCUAUUCAGCCCAAUGGAUUAUCCUACAGACGGGAAUCACAAGGCUCCAUGUCAUCAGCUGCUAGUCUUGACUUGUCUGAAACCUCUAGAUUACCUGCGUUUGUACCAGAUAAAGAGAAAUCCCCAAAAUACUGCUCUGUAAACCUGCCAGAUGGCUCAUCCAGCAAAAUGGUUGUUAAGUCUGGAUUCUCUAUCAAAGAGAUGCUAUCUGGACUCUGCGAGAAACAUGGCAUUAACAUAGCUGCAGUGGAUCUCUUUUUGGUUGGAGGCGACAAGCCGCUUGUAUUGCACCAAGACAGUAGCAUCCUGGACUCUCGGGACCUAUGUUUAGAAAAACGCACUUUAUUUCGGCUGGAUCUUGUUCCAAUCAAUAGAUCAGUUGGUUUGAAGGCUAAACCCACAAAACCAGUAACAGAAGUCUUAAGACCUGUGGUUGCAAAAUAUGGUUUAAAUCUUAAUGAACUUGUGGCAAGACUAAAUGGUGAGCAGGAACCACUUGAUCUUGGUGUCCCUAUAUCUAAUCUGGAUGGCCAGCGAGUUGUUCUAGAUGAAAAAGAGCCAACAAAGAGUAGAGUGUUUACAGAUAAACAAAAAGGUGCAUCAGUAAAACAGAGUGCAGCUGUAACUUCUUCUUCAAGAAAUCAAGUAUCUACUGGAGAGGGAAGAACUCUAGGAAAGUCUAAUUCUAUCAAAAUGAAAGGCGAAAAUGGAAAAAAUGCUAGGGAUGUCCGGCUGUCAAAGAGAGAAGACUCUAUUGCAAAGAUUGGGAAAAAAAAAUGUCAGAAAAUUAAUUUGGAUGAAGCAGAGGAAUUUUUUGAACUCAUAUCCAAAGCUCAAAGUAACAGAGCAGAUGACCAACGUGGACUGCUAAGGAAAGAAGACCUUAUUCUGCCUGACUUUCUUCGUUUACCACCCACUGGACCAGAACCAUCCUCAUCUACUCCAGCAGGCCCUAAAGGCCUCAGCAAGAGAGUUUCAAAAAAUGAUGACAAGGAUGGAUGCACAUCACCAAGUGGAAACAUGGAGUCUGUACAAAACUACAAUGAAAAUUCAGUUAAGAAAAUGAGUUACUCGGAAAAUAAACAUAAAUCUGCUUUGACAGCAGUCAACAGUCAGAAGACUUACAGUGUUCCUUUUAAUACCACAUUGUCUCCAAUUCCGCAUACCCAGGAAAACAGUACAACAAUAUGGAAAAGGCAAUCAAGAGAACUACAAGCUGAAGGCAUACAGAUGGUAGAUGAUGAGAAUGUGGCAGACUUGACUCUUGUGGCUGAAGGAGAUAUUAGUAGCCCUAACAGCACUUUGCUGCCACCACCGCCACCAACACCACCAUCAGACAUCAGUAAACUCACAGAAGCCAACUAUCCACCCCCAACUCCUUUUGCAGGUAAUCAGGAAAAAUCUGGAUAUCAAAGAUCCAAUUCAGGUGCAACCCACAGAAAGAGGAAAGAUUCACAAGAGGCUUCAGGAAAUGUGUGUGAGCAGACCUCUCACAAAACGAAGACCAGCAGAAGCGUUAACCCUCCCAGCGUACAAGAGAAGCCCCCUAAGGAGCUCCCUGUAAACAGGAUAAUCGAUGUGGAUGGAGUCAAGCUGGAGGACAGCAGCACCCGCUCCUGCGAGGACUCUGAAGGCAACCUCAGCUUUGAGGGCUUCAUCUCUGAGCUGAGGUCUUGCCAAGGGAGGAUGAGGACUGGAGUUUAUAGGACGUCAGACCUCCCGUCUCUGAUCAGUGUCAAGAGUGAGAAAAAUAAGGGCACGGAGAAUCAAUAUAAAGCUACUUUUGUUUAAGUCUCUUUUUUUGGUUAAGGACUAUGGUAUUUUUGCCUGGCAUCAGCAGCAAUGGAUAUAUGCUUUAGGGACAUGUUUCUGCAAGUUUUAAGUUGUUUUCGUUACCCAUUGCCUUCAAUGAGCCUGCUCCUGUAUGGGUUAGGACCUGCAGAAUGAAAAAACAGUAUUUCAACAAAGGAACCGAGAUAUUUGUUUUUGUUCUCUUACUGUUUCUAUGUGAUUUUCCUUGUCAGGAUUCAAUUGCACAAUGCUAUUAUUAAAAUUAUCAUGGUUUCCACCCCUAUCCUUCAGUAUCUUUAAUAAAG